GUUGCCCUCCACUACAACCAGACUUUUACCUUUAGCUCAGUGGUAACUGGGAUUAAGGUGAAGCCCUAACACAAGUAAAAGGGUAAAUAAACAAACAAAACAUUUAAUUUGAUCUAAUUUUAAAGGUAAACUGAACAGUUUGUUUUCUAUUGCCCAUGUAUAACAUUCAUUUAGUGUUAGUGUUAAGUUAGUGUUAAGUUUUCAGUGUAAUGUUCUCACUACAAAGGAAGCCUCUUGAUGAACUGGUGAGGAUUUCUGGUUAGCUGCAACGCAUGAAAAUCUGCAGUCAGUCAUUAUAACAUCACAACUCAUAUUUUGAUUUCUAUGGAUAUUCUGAAAAUAAAUUACUACUGGCUAUAAAUGGAGAUGCUGAAGCCCUUUCUCUCCCCCCUGAUCCUAACGCUGGUGGUCUCCUUUGACUGACACACAGUUUUUAGUUUCUGUCAACAAAGACCACGGACCAUGACGUCAGCAGCCUGCCAGUGGAUCUCACUUGUGAUUGGCUCAUAAUGAGGAAGUGUCCUUCCAGCCAAUCACGGGCGCGCUUACUCGCCGAUUAGGCACUACCAAUAUGGCGGCUUUCUGAGUUUUGGAGGAGAGGACCUGGUGUAAAUAAACACGAAUUAAACAGUUUACAGGUGGCGACAGCGUCGGGGUGUUUGACUUUAGGACUGAUUGGAGCGCAGGGGGAAAAUGUCGAGUGACGGAAGUAAAAAACAGUUCUGGAAAAGAAACACAGCGAAGGUUCCUGGCAGCAUUCAGCAUGUGUAUGGCGCACAGCAUCCACCCUUCGACCCUCUGCUUCAUGCGAAUCUCAUCAAAGCACACAAACCCCCUCCGGCCACGCCGGGCAAGCCCAAGAAGGCCACCACCUUCCAGGAGUUCGAGAGCAUCACGAGCGACGCCUGGGACGUCGGCGACGACGACGACGAGCUGCUGGCCAUGGCCGCGCAGAAUCUCAACAUCGAGGUCGUCAUGGAGACGGCCAAUAAAGUGAUUGAGAAUCACAGCAAGCAGCAGGAGAGACAGAGGCUGGAUGACACGACGGAGCUGGAUCAGAGGGAAGAGGACACGACGCAGGAGGAGGUGGCCGAGGACGAGGAGGACGAGGACGAGGAGGAGGAGGAGGACGGGGGCGACGACGGAGACGUGACCAGCCCGGAGGUGUCGUUUGCCUCCCACAGCAGCCCCUACACCGACAGCCGCCUAGUGAAGUCCCACAGCGAAGCUCCGAUCGGGUCGCCUAAAGAUGCAGCAGGUGAGCACGCAGCCCUCCACAGACAGCGGUCGCUGCCCCACCGGCCGCCCGUCAUCCCGCUGGUGGCUCGCAUGGCUGACCAGAACACAUCUGGCACCCCAGCGAUGACCGAGAGGGAGGCGUCCCGUCUGGAUAAGUUCAAACAGCUGCUGGCGGGGCCAAACACAGAUCUGGAGGAGCUACGGAAACUCAGCUGGUCUGGAAUCCCGCGCCAGGUCCGACCGAUCGCGUGGAAGCUCCUCUCAGGUUACCUGCCCGCCAACGCGGAGAGGCGGGAAAGCGUCUUGCAGAGGAAAAGGCAAGAAUACUUCGGCUUCAUCCAGCAGUACUACGACUCCCGCAACGACGAGCACCACCAGGACACGUACAGACAGAUCCACAUAGACAUUCCUAGGAUGAGCCCUGAAUCUUUGGUGCUGCAGCCAAAGGUGACAGAGAUUCACAUUGACAUACCGAGAACUAAUCCUCUUAUUCCUCUCUUUCAACAAGCUUCUGUCCAAGAGAUCUUUGAGCGCAUCCUGUUCAUCUGGGCCAUCCGCCAUCCAGCCAGCGGCUACGUGCAGGGCAUCAACGACCUGGUCACGCCGUUUUUCGUCGUCUACGUCUUCGAGUACAUCGAGGAAGAAGUAGAGAACUUUGACGUGUCCAGUCUCCAGGAAGAGGCUCUGAAGAACAUCGAGGCUGACAGCUUCUGGUGCAUGAGCAAACUGCUGGAUGGCAUCCAGGACAACUAUACAUUUGCUCAGCCAGGCAUCCAGAGGAAAGUCAAGGCCCUGGAGGAGCUGGUCAGCAGGAUUGAUGAGUCCGUGCACCGGCACAUGCAGCAGUACGAGGUGGAGUACCUGCAGUUCGCCUUCCGCUGGAUGAACAACCUCCUGAUGAGGGAGCUGCCGCUACGCUGCACGAUCAGACUGUGGGACACCUACCAGGCUGAACCGGAGGGCUUCUCCCAUUUCCACCUAUACGUGUGUGCGGCCUUCCUGGUGAGGUGGAGGAAAGAGAUUCUAGAGGAGAGGGAUUUUCAGGGCCUGAUGAUCCUCUUACAGAACCUUCCCACGAUGCACUGGGGCAACGAGGAAGUGAGCGUGCUGCUGGCUGAAGCCUACAGGUUGAAGUUUGCCUUUGCCGACGCGCCCAACCACUACAAGAGAUGAUGAUGAGCGUGGCUCUCUGCGGCUACUCCUCCUCCUCCUCCUCCUCCUCCUCCUCCUCCUCCCUCUGUUCCUCCCUUACUCCCCACAGUCGCCGGCUGAACUUAGAGGCCUCUACUCCUCCAUGGAAGGACCUCCCUUUUCUUAACCUCCCUCUCCCCGUACUGCCCGACGGGCCUUUUCAGCUACUAAGAGAUUUGAAUCAACCAAUGACAGAGAGGACGUGCGGUGUAGCAUUCUUAACAUGUUGCCGUGGAGCCUUUUGUUGUUUUGUUUUUUUUAAAUUAUUUUUCUCUGAUCUGCUCUGAAAUGUGCACUCCUGCACCCCUGCAGUUCUUUAUCUCUGAAGAUCCUGAGUUUUCGUCCGACGAGCUGACGCCUCAAAGAACCAGAAUCCAACCUGGUGCAGGACCACAAGCUGCUGCUCAGCACCGCCUGGGGUUCGGUCUGGCGUCAGAAAAAUAUCCCUUUCUGCUUAUUGUCAUUUACAGUACCAUGGCAAUCCUUUUUUAAAUUUUUUUUUUUUUUUUGCUGCCCAAGGCGAAAACGCGACCUUUUAUUCAGUUUGCAAAGACGAGGGACGAUAGCAAAGGGCACCGUGGUGGAUGUUUUACAUAUCCAAGCCCCGUCUCCCGGUCGCAGCACAGCCUGAAGGAACGCGACCUCUCCUCAUUUUGCUUCCACGCCAGCAGAUUGUUGUCAAACACACUAGGACUCUACGAUUAGAGAGAUUGUCUGUCCGCGUCUCCUUCCCCUGAACCACUCCGACCCCUUCAUCCCGCUCUCCCGCCCCUCGCCGCUACGUCGCAGCCAAACAGCGGUAGGAGGCGCGCGGGCGUCAAAGAACAUGAUGAGCCGCUAGGAGUAAAGAAAGCUACUUAUUCGUCGUAUUUUCGUUCAGUUUUCCGUAGACCUGCCUGAAUACGACGGGCCGUGUCUUAUCUAUUAACUUAGGACUACCUCAGAACAGUAACAAAACUAGAGAUCCACUUAAAGAAGUAAACACACAGAUAACAUGUUCACUCUGAAUCAGAAACUAUCCUUAACCAAAGCAGAAUUUGUCUCAAAUACAGUACAAAAACCAGCCUAAACGCGGUUGCAAAUUUACGAUAUUGCCUUAUGAUUAAAGGAUGAAAUGUGUCUUUUUCUCACGACAUCUUCUCCUCUCGUCUUUUGGUUCCAUGGAGUCCGUACGGCAUGAUGCGUUUGGUGUCUGCUAGCUUAUACGGCGCAUAAGUUAGAGGGGACUCCAACAACAAGCAAAGCUUCCAGUGAAGGAAGGUAACAAGUUAACAUUAUUCUAGGUGAACACAUGAAAGCAGUGGGUGAUGGGUGUCGGAGGUGUUGCACUUUAAAAAAAGAAGAAAAAAAGAAUAGAAACCAUGCGAGCUUGAUCCGUAUUCUCCUAAACGAAUCACGUGUAACCAACAACUAGGCUGCUGUCGAUUUAAAAAAAAAUCUCCGCGUAACUUCCGUAGUCGUGUAAAUCAAUACAAAUGCUGUUCCUUCGCUCACAAGCAGCCGACCCAUAUUCCCGUUAUGUCACUUUAAAAUUACCCUCUUAAUAACGAACCAACACCUUCUACCUUCCAGUAGCGUUACGUUCAUUUUCCAGAAACCGUAGUGGCGGAAAACAAAACACGACAGAGCGCAGCGGGAUGCCUUUAAAUGUGCGGGUUUACAUUUGACUCCGUCUGAGACUGGAAAUUAACUUUUAAUGUCCCGGAGAAGUGGGUCUCUAGGAUCGGUGAUAUAAAUUUGACAGGCGUAACACACGCUUUAAUGUCAAACCUUACGUGUGUAUGGAGAGGUGCAUAAAUAACUUACCGUUAUCCUCGUGAACGCGACCCCUCCACCUUACGCCGGCCUUUGCAGUCGUGGCGUUAGCGUCUUUGUUCAUGGGGCCUCUUAGCCAAAGCCAGUAGCGCCAUAUUGGUGUCAUGCUGGGAGGAGGAGGUGGUGGUGGUGGUGGGGUAAUAAGACAUUCAUGACAUAACGCUAAGCUGUAAACGUUUGGAGCCUCCUGUCGCGACUCCGCCAGGAUCCAUUAUUGUCACCGGAGCCGGUGAAGACGGUGUGCGUAGGUGUGUGAAGGGGAGAAGGAAGGAGAGACACAGGGAGGGAGGGCGUUGUGUUUCUUUGGAAGUUUCGGCGCUCUUUCAGUGAGAGCUGUCACUCUUUGAUCACACGGCAGGACUUUUUCUUUCCUUUCUUUCUUUUUUUUCUUUUUUUUUUUUUUUUUUUACACAACCUGCACCCAUUUCACAAGCCCCUCGUGCUCUCUGAAAAGGAAAAAACUGCACUUAAUCGAAAAGUCUGACGCCUUUCUUCCUUCUUUCUUUUUUUUGUAUGAGAUAUAUUCUUUCAAUCAACAUUUUAAUUUUUUUUUUCAUUUUGAUUUUUUUUUUUUUUUUUCUUUACGUUUACACGUGUUUACGAGCCUGUUGAGUUGUGCCUGAAUCUGGAUGCGUGAGGCGACGUCGGCGUGUUUUUCGCCUCCGGUGAACUUGAAAGGUUUUAGUUUAAGAUGUUUUGAAUUAGCUACACAGCUAUAGAAAGAAUCCCUACAGCAUCUGACCUGUUUAGUUAUACUCUGGGCAUUUAGGGCGUGGUAUUAAUUCAAACCUGGUUUGAAAAAACGGUGAAUAAACACACCUGUCAAGCUUUACAUCCACACUCUGAAACUGUUAAAAGGGGUUAGAUGAGGAACACAUUAAAUUGCGUAUUUAUCCGCUUAGACAUAGAUUAAUUACUCAUUGUGUCUGACUUGCUAGAUGAGGUCAACUCCAGGAAACUGAGCAUUAAAAAAAAAUGACAGCGCUAGUCACUGAGUAGCCAUUGGAGGGACACUCGAGUCUUCAGUGAUGUCACAGACAGGAUCGCCCGACACGUAGCGUCAAGUGUGUGAUGUCGACCCGUCGCUCCAUAUCCAUCGAAAAUGCCAAUAUAACUAUCAUAAAAUAACCCCUUUCUGUCAUGUCCAUGUCUAUAUCUAUCGUCAGCUGGUGAGGAAUUAUGAGCCUUAGAAUAUUGGGAGAACGUCCAUAAAGUGCCCGUUUACAGCGAAACUCUCGACCAGCGGCCAAACCACAUGAGCUUAUUGGCUGAGUCUUAAAAUUUUGCAUCAUCUCAACUUGUGCCAUGAAUGGAAAGCUUGACAGGUGUAGCAACAGUAACUAAGGAGGAAGGGGUAAGCAGACGCUCAACAUUUAACCCCGUUAUUAUCCAAAGUCCCAUUUCUCACAAUGUUAAGUUGCCUUAUCUCAUUAUGUGAUGGUAUGAACGCUGUGGAGGAAAAAGAGAUGCCCAGAGGCAACGGCUAGUGUUGAUUGACGGCCAUUAUACUAUCUGUGAAUCUGUAUUUUUUUUUUCUCUUUUCCAUUUUUUGUGAUAUAUGCAGUCAUCUCCCUUUAAAAAAAAAAAAAAAAAAAAGAAUCACCUGCCUUCUCACGCUCCAGCGAAACGAGGUGAUUUCCGUCGCUGCCAACCCCCAUCCUGUCCGCGCCCGUGGCUCGCCGUCUCCCGGCACACAUCUCCAUGGUGAUGAAGGCCUCGGCGGCAUCUGGCCGGAGCCUCUUCUCCUUCUUGCCCACACACGGGCAAACUUCAAACAUCCUCCGGGAGCGUCUCCGGGAAAGGCAUCCUUUAGCAAAACACUUUCAGCUGCUUUCAUUUCUCUCCGAGUGAAAUAUGUUCAAGAAACCAAACUGGAGAAGAGAAAAAUAAAAGCCCUCCCUCUUGUCUUUUUUUUGCCUCAGAGUACUCAGAAGAAGAAGAAGAAGAAAAAAGAUCUAAUAAUACUAGAGCGCGUGGGUGACAGGAGUAGCGGUUCUUGAAUUUAAAAAUGUGUACAGAGAAGAUUUUGAAACAAAAAUGUGUAAAUAGAAAGUGUAAAUAAAUCCUAUAUAUGACAAAAUUGC